GGCAGUCUGGAUAUAAUCCCUUGCUCUUUCCUUUUAGAGACCUCAUCAGUUAAACACAAGGGAGAUUAUGACCUCGUUUGCAUUAGUAGUGUUUGUCAUGUUGGUUUAAUAGCUUUAGAAAUAAUGUAAACAAAAUGUACAAGACGUGCAUUACAUUUGUGACGUCCACGUCUGUUACUGAGACCGUAACAGAAUGAAAACCCCUGUAUGAAAAGCAAAAGUUACGAAUGAUGACUACGUUUGAAAGAGGAAAGUUGCCUGCUAGAUUGGGCCUGCGUGUUGGUUCCUGAAUGAAGUGUGAGGAGGUUUCUCAAGUUGCCCUCAUGUAGUCUAUCCUAAUAUAAAACUUCCGCUAUCAUAAAAAUAAAUCAUUUAACUGACGGCUAUGACAUAAUUGCUGAAUAUUUACCCAUUUAAGAUUGAACAGUUGCAAUAAUUCAUAUUCAAUAAUGCAUAUACAACAUAAUGAAUAUGACUUGGAAUUUCUGGGUUUUCGGAACAAAAAUAUUUUAAAACAUGUAGAAGUUCCAAAGACAAACCAUAAAAUGGCGAAUUUACAUAAUAUUUUGCUUGCUGAAGAAUGGUGAUUGGUUAGCUAAUGCCAUUGUAGAGCAGACAUCAUGCGCUGUUAGAUUUCUCCUUUCCCAAGAUAAGAACAAAUAAGAGGGUAAAGUCACGUGUUAGUUCAAAAACUAAACAGAAAAGCAGUUUAGAUUCACGAGGCAGAGAUCGUUGGGGUGAAAAUAUUUCACCAACGUUCAGUUCUGUAACAUAAACGGUUUUUCAAUUCUGUCAAAUUAAGUUAACUUUAUUUUCUCGUCAAAUAUAUCUUUCUAUUGUGCCACAAACCUGUGCUAAUUAAUUGAACAAGGACCCUUGAAUAUUUGGUCUACUGACUUGAUCCAAGAAUAAGGUAACACCAAAGUUCUGCCAUGGCUUCGAAGAGAUCUUAUUUGGAUGGAAAUGAUGACACCACAACAGUAAGCAAAAGGAAAACACAUGCAUUGUCAAAUGAAGACGUGCCAGGGGAGAACUUCAGGACAAUGAUCGACCAAUUUGGAGCUAAUGUAAAUAAAACCUUCCUGGCCAAGAAGAAACAGCUUCAGGCAUUCACAAGUUCAUCGAUAAAAACCAGCAACCAGAAGAUGGCGCAGUUGUGGCAGAAUCAGCAGAGAGACAGGAGUCAACUGACCGAAGAUUACACUUCCCAGUUCAAUGCUGUGUUUCAACAGUGGAAGACUGAUGUGCAAAAGUCCAAAGAAGUAGAUGAGAAAUUUACGAACAUGUUCCACCAUCAGCAGAAGAUGUUUCAGCACACGAGAGCAGCGCAGGGGCAGAGACUGAAGACACUAAAAAAGCUUCUGGAACUGUAUAUACAGAGCUUGCAGGAAAUGGAGGAAACGCAGGAUGAGGAACAGGGAACCCUUCUGAAUGAUCUACGCAAGGAGAUGUCCGUCUUCCAGAAAAAUAUGCUCAUGGUCAACCAACACCAGGAGAUGGCAUCUGUACGCAAGUCUUUGCAGUCCAUGCUGAUGUGAUGUCCUUGGGUUGCUAUUCUGCCUUCAUAUUGAACGCUGUGUAUUUUGAGUAUCUUGAUAUUUAUUUCUUUGAGAAAAAUAUUGUCAAGAGCAUUUCAGAAGAUGUCUGCGUAGUUUGUUUUCUCACAACAUUGCUAAAAUCUACUCUGUGAAAACAGAGUGGCCUUUUUUUUUAUCUUCAACAUCAUAUUUAAGUUAAACAAUAUCUAUUGUCUUCGUAUUUAGUGCAUAAGUAACAGACAGAGACAUUUUCCAUUAUAAAAAUACUGCCGGAGUGGUGUGUUUACUGAACAAAUGAAAUUAAACCAUGUGUUAUCAUAAA